CAGCUCUAUUAGAGGGUAAAAUAGCAUUUAAUUGAUCAAUCAGGAUAAAUGGAACAAAGAAUUCUGUGUCCUGAUUGGUCAAUUAAAUGCUACUUUAUUUCACAGGAUUUUCGAACGCACUCUUAUUGAUAUUUUCAUAAUUUCACUCUAUUGCACAACGAUACGCAAAAUUGAAUCACGGCAAACUUUUCUGAGAGGUCUCGUAUAUUUGAUUUUUUUACACAUACAUCACAAACACGCAGCUACGAUAAAUGAGAAACAAGAAUAGACUAUAUCUUUGCUUUGAGAGAAAUAGCAAAAAUAUGAGCGAAAAGGAUAUCACGAUUUCGAUAAUUCGAAUGGAAAAACUUUUGGCGGGAAUUUCUAGCAAGUUAGAAAAAUCGAUUGAAAAACGUGGUAUUGAAACUUCGCCGUUGCUUCAAGAAAUCUUUGAUCUCAUUGAGCUUUUCAAAAAAUUUGUUAAAUCUCGAAUGAAAAGGACUAUUCAAGUAGAACGUAUGCAUGUUAUCAAUUUACACGAAUGCCGAACAAAAAUAGCGGAAACCUUAUCAGAACUUGAAGUUUUGCAGAAAAUAUCUGACGAACAAAACUCGAAUUUCGAAAUUUUUCUAAGAGAUAUCGUUGUCUGUGUAAACGACGAGGAAGAAAUAAUGAAAAGCAUCCGAAAAACAUCAGAAGUAGAAAUACCAAGAGAAAUGGAGGAAUCAAUGCAAAAAAUGUUAACUGUAGCAGAACAAGAAGAAACGCGAAAAAAGUUAUUGGAAUCUAAAAUAGAUUCGGCAAAACGCAGAUUACACGGCGUUAUGGAAUUCAAUGCGGUAACCGAAAAGAAAUUUUUCGAUGUAUGCGCGAAAGUUGAGCAGAAAUACAUAGAUCUUCUCGCUAAAUAUGAUCGCGAUAUCGGCGCGUUCCAUGCUUUGAUGGAGGAAUUGUCGAAGGACAAGGAAGUUAUUAAAGUAGAAACGAAAAAUAUGGAGGAUCAAUUGAGCGUACAACGAAUGUUAUAUACUCGAUUUAAAAAGGAACGAGAAAUCGCGCUAAUGAUAGCCUUUACCAAGAAACUGGAUUUCUUUACACGAAGUCGUGCCGCUAAGAUCAUUCAAAAAGCAUGGAGAGCAUAUUACGAGCGUAUUUCUCUAAGAAAACGAAGGAAAACGAGGAGAAAAUAAUAAACUUUAUUAACUAAUCUGCUUUAUAUAUCUUGUUGACAAAGCAUAGCCGCUCCCCGUAUGAUCCAAUGCUCGGGCGGCUUAAUUGUAGGCAACCAUAUGGCUAUGACGAAAUUUGUGGAGUGACCCGUGGUGGACAGCACUCCGCGCCGUUCACUGGUUUUAUAG